GUUAGUAGAUGACCGGUGUGUGGUUCAGCCAGAGGCAGGUGACCUUGCUAAUCCUCCAAAGAAGUUCAGAGACUGCCUUUUCAAGGUGUGUCCCAUGAACCGAUAUUCAGCCCAGAAGCAGUACUGGAAAGCCAAGCAAGCCAAACAAGGAAACCAUACAGAAGCAGCACUGCUGAAGAAACUUCAACAUGCAGCAGAACUGGAGCAAAAGCAGAACGAAAGCGAGAACAGAAAGCUGUUGGGCGAAAUUGUAAAAUACAGCAAUGUCAUACAGCUAUUGCACAUAAAAAGUAACAAGUACCUCACAGUCAAUAAGAGAUUGCCAGCUCUGCUAGAGAAGAAUGCUAUGCGGGUGUCUCUGGAUGCUGCGGGAAACGAGGGAUCGUGGUUUUAUAUCCAGCCGUUCUGGAAACUGAGAAGUGAAGGUGACAAUGUUGUUGUGGGAGAUAAAGUUGUACUGAUGCCAGUCAAUGCAGGGCAGCCUCUACAUGCCAGCAACAUUGAGCUUCUGGAUAACCCUGGCUGCAAAGAGGUAAAUGCUGUCAACUGUAACACAAGCUGGAAAAUAACUUUAUUCAUGAAAUUCAGUAGUUACCGAGAUGACGUACUGAAAGGAGGAGAUGUUGUUAGGCUGUUUCAUGCAGAGCAAGAGAAGUUUCUGACCUGUGAUGAAUAUGAGAAAAAACAACAUAUUUUCCUUCGUACUACAUUGCGUCAGUCAGCCACUUCUGCAACAAGUUCUAAGGCACUGUGGGAAAUAGAGGUUGUCCAUCAUGACCCUUGCCGAGGAGGGGCAGGACAGUGGAACAGCUUGUUUAGAUUUAAGCAUUUGGCAACUGGGAACUACUUAGCUGCAGAGCUUAACCCACACUAUCCAGAAGGUAAUAAUGAAGGAAAAGCUUUGAGAGACGGCGACCUUCCUGCUUCAAAGAAGAAACGCCAAGCAGGGGAGAAGAUUAUGUAUACUUUGGUCUCUGUGCCACAUGGAAAUGACAUCGCAUCUCUCUUUGAACUGGAUGCCACCACUCUUCAGAGAGCUGAUUGCCUGGUUCCAAGGAACUCUUACGUCCGACUGAGGCAUUUGUGCACGAACACCUGGGUCACUAGUACCAGCAUUCCAAUAGAUACUGAUGAAGAGAGGCCUGUGAUGUUAAAGAUUGGGACGUGCCAAACAAAAGAGGACAAGGAAGCUUUUGCCAUUGUAUCAGUUCCUCUGUCUGAGGUCAGAGACUUGGACUUUGCCAAUGAUGCAAACAAGGUUCUAGCAUCAACUGUUAAAAAGCUGGAAAAUGGAACAAUAACGCAGAAUGAAAGGAGGUUUGUAACCAAGUUACUAGAAGAUCUCAUUUUCUUUGUUGCUGAUGUGCCUAAUAACGGGCAGGAAGUUUUAGAUGUGGUCAUUACCAAGCCAAACCGGGAACGACAAAAAUUAAUGAGGGAACAAAAUAUAUUGGCUCAGAUAUUUGGGAUCCUCAAAGCUCCUUUUAAGGACAAAGGUGAAGGCUCGAUGCUGAGACUUGAAGACCUAGGUGACCAGAGAUAUGCCCCAUACAAAUACAUGUUACGGUUAUGUUACAGAGUUCUCAGACAUUCCCAGCAGGACUACAGGAAGAACCAGGAAUAUAUUGCUAAGAACUUCUGCGUCAUGCAGUCCCAGAUUGGUUAUGAUAUCCUGGCAGAAGACACCAUCACAGCUUUGUUGCACAACAACAGAAAACUGCUAGAGAAACACAUCACGGCUAAAGAAAUAGAGACGUUUGUUAAUUUACUCAGGAGAAAUCGAGAGCCAAGGUUCUUGGAUUAUCUAUCAGACCUCUGUGUAUCUAACACCACAGCAAUACCAGUAACUCAGGAACUCAUCUGCAAGUUUAUGCUGAGCCCAGGGAAUGCUGAUAUUCUCAUUCAGACCAAGCUGGUUUCGACACAAAUGGACAAUCCCUUGGAAUGCCCAGUCAUCUCGGAUGACAUUGAUGAAGAGGAAGUGUGGCUUUACUGGAUUGACAGUAACAAGGAGCCUCAUGGCAAGGCCAUCAGGCACCUGGCUCAGGAGGCAAAGGAGGGCACAAAAGCUGAUUUAGAAGUCCUUACAUACUACAGGUACCAACUGAACCUCUUUGCAAGAAUGUGCCUGGACCGCCAAUAUCUUGCCAUCAACCAGAUUUCUGCACAGCUGUCGGUAGACUUGAUCCUACGAUGUAUGUCUGAUGAAAGCCUCCCUUAUGACCUCCGGGCUUCUUUUUGUCGGCUGAUGCUACACAUGCAUGUGGACAGAGAUCCUCAGGAAUCUGUGGUACCUGUCAGAUAUGCCAGGCUGUGGACUGAAAUUCCUACUAAGAUCACAAUUCACGAGUAUGAUUCUUUCACAGACUCUUCGAGGAAUGAAAUGAAGAGGAAGUUUGCGCUGACUAUGGAAUUUGUAGAAGAGUACUUGAAAGAAGUUGUUAAUCAGCCCUUUCCUUUUGGAGACAAAGAGAAAAAUAAACUUACAUUUGAGGUGGUGCAUCUGGCUCGAAACCUCAUAUACUUUGGCUUUUACAGUUUUAGUGAACUUCUCAGACUGACCCGGACACUGCUGGCAAUUCUAGAUAUCGUUCAAGUUCCUAUAUCAUCAUACUUUGAAAGGUUGAGCAAGUUUCAGGAUGGAGGAAACAAUGUUAUGAGGACCAUCCAUGGCGUAGGAGAGAUGAUGACGCAAAUGGUGCUGAGCAGAGGAUCUAUAUUUCCCAUCAGUGCUCCUGAUGUACAGCCAAGCAUUCACCCAAGCAAGCAAGCUAGCACCUCAGACAGUGAAGAUGUGAUUGUAAUGGACACCAAAUUGAAAAUCAUUGAGAUUUUGCAGUUUAUUCUCAGUGUUAGACUGGACUACAGAAUAUCCUACAUGCUGUCUAUCUAUAAAAGAGAGUUUGGGGAAAACAAUGAAAACAUUGAUAGCUCUGCAACAUCCCCGUCUGACACUCCAGGGAUUGCCUCAGCAAUUGUUCCUGACAUAGAUGAAAUUGCAGCUCAGGCUGAAACCAUGUUUGCUGGCAGAAAGGAGAAGAAUGCAGUUCAGCUUGACGAUGAAGGGGGCAGAACCUUUUUACGGGUGCUCAUUCACCUUAUCAUGCACGACUACCCUCCUUUGCUCUCGGGUGCUCUGCACCUGCUAUUUAAGCACUUCAGCCAGAGAGCAGAAGUUCUGCAAGCAUUUAAACAGGUACAAUUGCUGGUGUCUAAUCAAGAUGUUGAUAACUACAAGCAAAUCAAGGCUGAUCUUGAUCAGCUACGUCUGACUGUGGAAAAAUCGGAAUUGUGGGUUGAGAAGAGCAGCAAUUAUGAGAGUGGAGAGGUGGGCGACAAUCAAACCAAAGGGGUAGAAGAGCCCAUAGAGGAGCCAAAUAUUUUGAGUCCAAUACAGGAUGGGAUCAAAAAACCGCAGAUAGACAGCAAUAAAAGCAAUAACUACAAUAUUGUUAAAGAGAUUUUGAUUCGACUCAGCAAACUUUGUGUUCAGAGUAAAAAAUGUCGGAAUCAACAGCAGCGAUUGCUGAAAAAUAUGGGUGCCCACUUGGUAGUCUUGGACCUUCUGCAGAUACCCUAUGAAAAGAACGAUGAAAAGAUGAAUGAAGUUAUGAAUCUAGCCCACACUUUUCUUCAGAAUUUCUGUCGAGGAAAUCCUCAGAAUCAAGUUCUCCUCCACAAAAAUCUCAACUUGUUCUUAACUCCAGGCCUCCUGGAAGCUGAAACCAUGCGGCACAUCUUCAUGAAUAAUUACCUUCUAUGUAAUGAAAUCAGCGAGAGAGUAGUGCAGCACUUUGUACACUGUAUUGAGACCCAUGGCCGUCAUGUGGAGUACCUGCGUUUCCUGCAAACCAUUGUGAAAGCAGAUGGCAAAUAUGUCAAAAAAUGCCAGGAUAUGGUAAUGACAGAGCUGAUAAAUGGUGGUGAAGAUGUGCUGAUAUUCUACAAUGACAGAGCAUCAUUUCCAGUCCUACUCCAAAUGAUGUGUUCAGAGCGAGAUCGAGCAGACGAGAGCGGAGCCCUAGCGUAUCACGUCACUCUGGUGGAAUUGCUCGCGGCUUGUACAGAAGGGAAGAAUGUAUACACGGAGAUCAAGUGCAAUUCACUGCUGCCACUGGAUGAUAUAGUGAGAGUAGUGACCCACGAUGACUGCAUACCUGAGGUGAAAAUUGCCUAUGUUAAUUUUGUUAAUCACUGUUACGUGGACACUGAAGUGGAAAUGAAAGAAAUCUAUGCCAGUAACCAUAUCUGGAAGUUAUUUGAGAACUUCCUAGUUGAUAUGGCAAGGGUUUGUAACACAACCACGGAUCGUAAACAUGCAGACAUAUCUCUGGAGAAAUAUGUCACUGAGCCUGUAAUGAACAUUGUGAGUGGCUUCUUCAAUUCACCGUUUUCAGAUAACAGCACCAGCCUCCAGACACACCAGCCGGUUUUUAUUCAGCUGCUGCAGUCUGCUUUUAGAAUUUACAACUGUACCUGGCCAAACCCAACGCAGAAAGCUUCAGUGGAGUCAUGUAUCAAGACUUUGGCUGAAGUGGCAAAGAACCGUGGGAUUGCAAUUCCAGUGGAUUUGGACAGCCAGGUCAACACCUUGUUCAUGAAGAGUCACUCUAACAUGGUGCAGAGGGCAGCCAUGGGGUGGAGAAUGUCAGCCCGCAGUGGACCUCGUUUUAAAGAAGCUCUUGGUGGGCCUGCCUGGGAUUACAGGAAUAUAAUAGAAAAACUACAGGACGUAGUGUCCUCCUUGGAGCAGCAGUUCACUCCCAUGAUGCAAGCUGAAUUCUCGGUGCUGGUUGAUGUGCUGCACAGUCCAGAACUUCUUUUUCCUGAGGGGAGUGAUGCCAGAGUAAGAUGUGGUGCUUUCAUGUCCAAGUUGAUUAAUCACACAAAGAAGCUAAUGGAGAAAGAAGAAAAGCUCUGCAUUAAAAUUCUUCAGACAUUACGAGAAAUGCUUGACAAGAAAACUAACUUUGCGGAAGAG